AUGUCUGCCAUUGCCCCCAUAAUUAGCCGCCUCUCCUCGCCCGCCGUGGCUGCCCCUGCGCGCCGCGCCGCGGCCAGCUUCUCCACCUCUGCGCGGUCGCUGAGUCCAGAGGCCGCGUCGGGCGUCGCGGCGCCAUCGCGCUCCUCCUGGGCUUGGAGGAAUCUGUCGCCCAGGACGCGCCGCUACGUGGUCUACGGGCUCGGAGCAGGUGCCGUUAUCGACGGCUACGUGGUCUUCAACUACUUUCCCGGGAUGUUGGGCCUCGGCGAGGACAAGAAGAAUUGA